AUGGAGCUGCUCGCAACGUCACUGGCUUUAAGCGCCGCCUCCACCGCGCUCGCAGCGCCGUUCUCGUCGCGCUUUGACUCGUCGUACGUUGUGCAUCUGUAUGAGAGCCGCGACCGCUUCGUGCCGCCUCAAGACGCAGCUGCGUUGCCGUCUCAGCUCAUGACAACGGAGUCUGGGCACACGUUCGAGUGUUUUCUGCCGUCACUCGCUCCUUCAGACCCGGAGACUGCGGAGCCACUGGCUGUGAAUGACCCGAAAGAGGUCGAAAGUGAGCAAGCCACUGACGCCUUGAUGGCGUUCCAUCGCGCCGCAGUUCGAGAGCUGAAGUCCCUCUGUAUUGAGUAUAUAGACGAAGAGACCUCGUGGCUCUACCGAAUCUGUGCGAACUCGUUGAUCUUCCGGUCCCGAAAGUCGUUGAAUGAAGUGGCAAUUGACGUAGCAGGAGAAGCUGCACCAGCUGAGGAGGGAGGUGGUGGGUAUGAUGUGGAAGAAGUUGGUACUUUUGCGACUGAUAGUAGUCGCUCGGUUCUCUCUUACGACGUGUUUGCUGACCUUGAGACGCAAGAGCGAAUGAAGGAUCUCGGUCAGGCGUUGUUUACUCAAACGUUUCGCAAGAACGGACAAGAGGUGCAGGUGCAGUUUAUCUGCAGUGCUCGUGCACAGGACGAUGUCGUGGCUGCUGUGCAAUGGCGAGAAGCGGUGGCGACGGACGGUGGACGGGAGAUUGCUGCAUUUCUGGUUGAGUCACAAGUGUUUUGUAAGUCGAACGAGCCAGAAGAAGACACAGAUGGACUGGUUACGAUGCAGUCGCUGCUGCAGCCUCUCCAGGAUGAGCACACGUGUGCCACGCGAGAUGAAGGCUGGUGGACCUAUGAGUACUGCUUCGGACGGUCGGUGCGACAGUACCAUCGCGACGAAGACGGUCAGCUCACAGCCGACUAUACGCUCGGUGUGUUUGAUGCAGACGGGAACCGCGAAUUGGAGCGGUUGGACUCAGCGCUGGUGUUGGAGCCUUUUGAUGAGACUCAUGACGUGUCACGUCCUGCGUACUUGGAGUUGUACGAUUUUGGAACUUUGUGCAAAACAUCGGAGAAGCAGGCGUCGCGGAAGGCCAAGGUCUUUCACUUUUGUAACCGAGACGGCUCGAGCCAGCGCCUGAUAAUGGUGAAAGAGAUGCAGACGUGCGUUUACAUGGUCAAGGUUUCGUCUCCAGUCUUUUGCGACCACCCGCAUUUUCUCAACGAUGAGCAGGAAAGCGACGAAACGUUUGAGAUCGUGCACUGCAUCCCGGCAGUAGAAAAAGCCGAAGCAGUGGAGACUUUGGAAGUAGUGGCUGAGUAA